AAAUGAAAUAAAUACUAAAUACGAUAAUAUAGAUCUACUAAAGAAACCAAAGUCAGUAUUUUAGUUCAACCGACUUUCUCUUAUUUCACGAAUAUAUUAAUCAAGUAAUUUAGAAACUUAUAUUUUUAUUCCAAUAUUUAUUUUAUUUUAUCCAAUCAUAUCAUUAGCCGGUCUUUCACUUCCAAAAUGGCUGUAAAUCUCGUGUGUCGGAUUCAUCCAGUAGUGUUAUUUACCAUUGUUGAUUCGUAUGAGCGUCGGAACGAAGAUGCAAGGCGUGUAAUAGGAACAUUACUAGGAACACAUGACAAAGGUGUUGUAGAAGUAACUAAUGCAUUUGCUGUACCACAUAAUGAAUCUGAGGAUGAGGUUGCAGCAGAUCUGGAGUAUGCAAGAAAUAUGUUUGAACUUCAUAAGAAAGUCAAUCCAUCUGAAGUUAUUGUUGGAUGUCCCCAGAUUUACUCCAGGGAAACUGAUAUUACCAAUGAACAAGUGUUUAUUUUUACAGUUGAUGUCAUACAGGGUGGUAAAUUUAAUCCUAAACGAAGUGCCAACCUAGUUAAAGAUCUGACACAUGUAGAAAGAGCCACAGGAAUGUUACAACAAAAACUCGCCAUGGUUCUGGAAUAUGUUGAAGAUGUACUGGUAAGACAUAUUUGCUUAAAUUCUACACCUUGGGCAUCUUUAGCCAAGUGGUUAAGGUUGUUGACUUCAAACCACUUGCCCCUCACCACGGUGGGCUCGAAUCCAAACAGGGACUUUGGAUUCUUUCCUGUGCCAAUAGAAUACCAAGCUGAUAAUGUUAUUGGUAGAUUUUUAAUGGAUCUAGUGAUGAAGGUCCCUCAGAUUGAGCCAGAAGACUUUGAAGAAAUGCUUAACUCUAAUAUGAAG